AUAAAUGCGCCGCUGUUUAUGUGAGUUGGGAUUCAUUGAAAUUCGUUAUAUUUGUCAUACAUUGUGUUUAUUGUAUCAUGCGUUGAAAAUGUACGUAAAUUAAACAGAUGGACAUUAUUUGAGCACCCAUUCUGCAUCCAAGACCAAAUCCGAGGCUGCUUAUUAUGAGGAUAAACGAAGAUACAUUACUGGAGGGACAGAAGGUUGUACUGGUGCCUUACAACGCAGAUCAUGUUCCCAGAUAUCAUGAAUGGAUGUCCUCUCCUGAUCUGCAGAAGCUGACUGCAUCAGAGCCCUUGACACUGGAGCAAGAGUAUGACAUGCAGAGUAGCUGGAGAGAAGAUGAUGACAAGUGCACCUUCAUUAUCUUGGAUAAGCAGAAAUGGGCAGAUCCGAGUAUACCAGAAGAACAAUGCAUGGUGGGAGAUGUCAACAUUUUCUUAACAGACCCCAGCGACCCUUCCCUGGCUGAGCUGGAGAUCAUGAUCGCAGUUCCCUACUACAGAGGAAAAGGACUCGGCAAAGAAGUAACACGCAUGAUGAUGUGCUAUGGAAUCAGCAAACUUGGAAUUCGAAAGUUUGAAGUCAAGAUUGGGUUGGAUAACAAAAUCAGCAUAGCUAUGUUCAAGAAAUUCCAUUUCCGAGAGCUCUCCAUCAGUGAAGUUUUUAGGGAGGUCACUCUUGGGGUCACUGUGAACGAAGCAUUACAGAAAGUUGUGUUUGGAAACAUGGAUUUCAUGCAGCAAAGAGAAUAUGGUAAAGCUCGGGACUUUAGACAGGCAACAAUCCCACCAAUAUCUCUGUGAAAUAAUAGCCUUAAUGAAAUGUUCAUUACAAAACCAAUUAAUCACUCCUUGUGUCACAAAAAGCUGAAGUACCUCCAGUAGGUGACAUCUUUUAAUGUUAAUCACAUUGUGUUGUGUGUAACAAAAUAUUUCUGAAUUUUACUAAUUCAGAUUUAAAUGUGAACUAAACUUUCAAAACUGUAUCUUUAUCAUAUUGUGAUUUUAACAUUUUAAGGCAUGGAAAUGAAGACUGGGCUGUAAAACAACCAAUCCGGCCUUAUCUUUCAAUCUACAUACUGCAUGUUGUUUUGAUGGAUUAAUUGACAUAAAAUUAUAUAGUCUUUUUUUGUUGUUGUUGCUUAUCUUAUUAUUGUACUUAUUUGUGUAAAUGCACAAAAUAAUAAAACAGCUUGUCUUAUGCUUAUCUCUUAACUAUUCAUUUUAUUUAAAGGAAUAGUUCAACCAAAAAUUUAUAUACCAUGUAUCAUGCCAUACCAGAUGUGUGACUUUCUUCUGUUAAACGCACAAAGAUGUUUAGAAGAAUAUCUCUGCCCUGUAGGUCAUCACAAUGCAAGUGAAUGGGUACCAACAUUUUGAAGCUUUAAAAUGCAUUUAAAGAAAGCAUAAAAGUAAUCUGUACAAAUCCAGUGGUUAAAUCCAUGUCUUCAGAAGCAAUCUUAUAAUUGUGGGUGAGUAUCAGAUCAAUAUUUAAGUAUUUUGUUUACUAUAAUUUCUCCUCCCUGCCAUGUAGGUGGUGAUAUACAUUUAAGACAGCAAAUUGCCAAAUACUAAAGAAGAAAGUGAAAGUAGAGAUUGAUAGUAAAAAAGGACAAUAUUGAUUUGUUUCUCACCAACACGUAACGUAGUUCUUCUGAAGAUAUGGAUUACACCACUGGAGUCGUACUUUUAUGCUGCCUUUAUGUCCUUUUAGAGCUUAAAAAUGUUGGCACCUAUUCACGCUCAUUGUGAGGACCUACAGAGCUGAGAUAUACUUCUAAAAAUCUCAGUUUGUGUUCUGCAGAAGAAGAUAUACACAUAUGGGUUGGCUUGAGGGCAAGUAAAUGAGGAAUUUUCUGUUUUGGAUGAACAAAUCCUUUAAGUUCUGUUUCUGUUGUAGUAAAGUUAUUGUAUUUUCUUCCUUGGAUCAAAAAUACAAUCAUUAUAAUACUGUUUGUGGUUCAUUUUUGACUAACAAUAAAAAAAAUAU